AUGGAGUCAUUUCCUAACCACGAGUUGCCAAAACUCAAUGUGUUAACACAUCUGUCAAUAGUAAAUUGUGACAGUAUGGAUGCAUCCUUUUCUGGUGGGCUUUGGCCUCCAACAUUGUGUCGCCUUAAAAUAGGGGGGUUGAAGACGCCCAUUUCAAAGUGGGACCCACAGACUUUUCCAACCUCACUUGUUGUCCUAAGUUUACAUGGCGGACAGUCGGAAAAUGUGAGUAAUUUCAGUCAGUUGUCCCAUUUUCCUUCAUCUAUUACUUCUCUUGAAAUAUAUGGAUUUGAGAAACUUGAAUCAGUUUCAAUGGGACUCCAACACCUCACCUCCCUCCAGCAUCUUACCACUUUAAUUGAGAAAUUGAAAUCACUUUCAGUGGGACUCCCAACACCUCACUUCCCAAACAUGAUAAUACAAAAAAGGAGUGAUUUGGAAUUGCUCACGAGGCUAAUGCUCAUUGGUGGGACUGAUUACACCGGUGUGCUUACUGUAGCUUCAUCAGUUACUAUUUUGAAUGUAACUGAUAUUUCAAGAGUUAAUCAUCAGCUGUUGGGAGGUGUUUUAAAGUAUCUUGGUGCAGUUGAGGAAGUAACCAUCGAGGAGUGUAAGGAGAUAAGAUGCCUGUGGGAAUCAGACACAGAGGCAAGUAAGGUUCUUGUUAAUUUAAGGAUUUUGGAUGUACAUUUUUGUUCAAAUUUGGUGAGUUUAGGAGAGAAAGAUGAUGAGAAUUGUGCGAGCAACCUAACUUCUCUUAGGAGGUUGGAGGUAUGGUAUUGCCAUAGCUUGGAGAAUGUUAGUUGUCCAAAUAGCAUUGAGUCACUGAAACUUCAUGGUUGUGAUUCAAUUACAUCUGUCUUCUUCCCAACCGAAGGACGACUGAACCUCAAGUCACUUUCCAUUGUACAUUGUAAGAAACUAUGGGAAAAGGACUUGAAAGGAGGCCAGAAGACUAGGGUGCUCAUCAACUCAACCAUCUGGAUGCUUGAAUUUGUGAGGUUAAGUUACUUCAUUCACCUCACCAAAUUGAAAAUAGAAGAUUGUCCACAUAUGGAGUCAUUUCCUUAUGAUGAGUUGCCAAAUCACAAUGUUUUAGAACGUCUGACGAUAGUAAAUUGUCCAAGUAUGGAUGCUUCCUUUCCUUGUGGUCUUUGGCCUCCGAAAUUGUGUUUCCUUAAUAUAGGAGGGUUGAAGAAGCCUAUCUCAGAGUGGGGUCCACAGAAUUUUCCAAACUCACUUGUUGAACUACAUUUAAGGAGCAUACCAUCGGAAGAUGUGAGUAAUUUUAGUCAAUUGUCCCACCUUCUUCCUUCAUCUCUUACUACUCUUGGCAUAAUUGGAUUUGAAAAAUUAGAAUCAAUUUCAAUGGGACUCCAACACCUCACCUCCCUCCAGCAUCUCUCCAUAUCCAAAUGCCCAAAGACGAAAGAUCUACCAGAAAAGUUGUUACCCUCACUUUUGUGUUUGAGGAUAUUUCUUUGCCCGAAUCUGAAAAAAAGUUGUAGCAGAAGAGGCUCCUACUGGCCCCUCAUCUCCCCUCUCCCCUGCUUCAACAUACACGGGUAA